AUGGCCACCCUUCAAGUCCAACCGGUCACCGAAGCAGACCUCCCAGCCCUAACCCGCAUCUUCUACGCGGGCUUCACCACCGCCAUCGACCGACAGAUGUUCCCCGACACGCCCGGUCUCCGCGCCUGGUGGGCCGAUGCCAACCGCCACGACCUCCUACAUAAACCCGGCGUGCGCUUUCUAGCAGUGGUCGACCCGACCCUCGCGCAUUCUGAUGAUGACGACAAGCUGAUCUCUUACGUCAAAUGGGAUCUGGACCCUGAAAACCGAGGGAGGCGGUUCCCUGAGUGGCAUCCGGAUACGGAUGGGGAAUUGUGCGAUCAGUUCUUUGGGGGCUGUGAUGCUGUAAGGAGGGAGGUUAUGCGGGGGAGGGGGCAUUAUUAUCUCGAUAUGCUGGUGACGCAUCCCGAGCAUCAAAGACGCGGCGCCGCGACGAUGUUGGUCCGCUGGGGCUGUGAGCUGGCUGAUAGGACGGGCACGCCUGUUUAUAUCGAUGCUACGCGCGCUGGUGUGCCAGUUUAUGAGAGGCUUGGAUUUGCGGUUGUGAGGCAGGAUGCUGAGGCGGAGCUGUUCCAUAUGGUUAGGGAGGCCGGAGGAAAAGAGAGCGUAACAGGGAAUUCUCCUCCGCUACAUUGA